UGUAGCUCUACGAAACAAAUAUUACGUUUAUUCAAAUUUUAGAUAGAAGAUACUACAGAUAUGUAAAUCAUAAAUGGCGCAAGCAUAUGAGUUGAGUACCUCUUUAUUACGACAAUGAAUGCGGUUCAUGUCAAGUAUGUCAAAUCGCCGCACACACAGGUGCGAAUCGUUAUAACCGCAUAUGGGAAGCUGUUAUUUCUCCGGCCUGUGCAAGCAAAGAUUAGACACGGGAUAGAAACAAUAAGCGCAUAAGUUAUAGUGGUUUCCUCUACGACUGUCAGUGCACAUUCAAACGCGUACUGCGACAGACGACAUUGUUUUGCGACACACGCGCGCCCAUUGUUUUAUCUUCCGCAUACUAAAAUAUUCUCCGGUUACGUAUAACGCUAUCGCCUUGCAAAAGACAUGGGAAUUAAGUCGAUUGAUCGAUAAGAUUUCAAAAUUUAGGACAUUUAAGACAAAUUUAGGACAUUUGCAAAAAUAAUGUAUAAAUCUCUUUAAUUAUCACAAAAUUAAAAAAAUAAGAAGUAUGUGCUGACUUGAUCUUACGAGAAUGCGAAGAAACUCUCAAUGUCUAUUGUUAAGAAAAUUAUAAAAUAACAUAACAAAAUAAACAAAGAAAGAAAGGAGCGUCGCUAAAAUGUCUUAUUCACGAUGGAGUCCUGCAAACUCUUGGCAUCCUGUUACAAUUAAUGUUCAAUCGCCUAAGAGUAACCUGCGUAAGUUCGAUCCGAUAAAGACCGAUGUAGUAGUACCCGAAAUGCUGACGACUGUUGUACCUCCAUCACAGACUUUCAAUCCUUCUACUAAUAGUCUGUAUGCAGCGAUAAGGCCGAUCAUUAUGCUGGCCCAAUGUUUCUCCAUGUUUCCGGUGUGCGGUGUCAAUAAACCGGACGCUUCGUAUCUCCGAUUUACAUGGAGGAGUCCGAAGAUUCUUUACACGUUGAUUGUUUUCUUGGGAGUGUCCUUUAUGUCGGUUUAUAAUAUUUCGUGGUUGUUCGCUACAGGGACAAACUCUACUAAAAUAAGUAAGUCAAUGACGACAUUUGUUUUCUACAUUACGACCCUCGUGACUGCUGUCUUGUUCGUACGAUUGGCAUGGCAGUGGCCUUGUUUGGCGUUAACUUGGGAGAAACUUGAGUAUGAACUCACUUCUAGAUAUCGAGAAAUUUCAAAGAUUACUCUGGCAACUCGUUUCAAAAUCGUAACUAUUGUUGUCAUGUUGCUUGCAUUAGUGGAACAUAGUGCCUCUGUUGUUUCUGCAUACGUUAGUGCAAUAGAAUGUGCGGAUCAUCGCGGGGAUACAGAUAUCAUCGGUAUUUAUUUUCAAACUCAGUUUCCUCAGAUCUUCUCAAAACUGCCCUACAGUCUUUGGAAAGGAAUCUUGGUCGAAACUAUAAAUGUCCUCAGUACAUUUUCAUGGAACUUCGUCGACUUAUUUCUUAUUCUUAUUAGCAUAGCCUUAGCAGAUCAAUUCAGGCAAUUAAAUAGUCGUCUCUAUUCGAUACGGGGAAAGGCAAUGCCGGAAUGGUGGUGGGCUGAAGCAAGGAGUGACUAUAAUCACUUGGCGACUCUGACACGCAGAGUGGAUUCUCACAUUUCAUGCAUCGUACUUCUAGCCUUUGCUACCGAUUUAUAUUUUAUCUGCAUCCAACUGCUGUUUUCCUUCAAUCCAAUACGCGGUAUUAUGCGAAAGAUCUACUAUUGCUUCUCCUUCGGCUUUUUAUUAGCAAGAACAACGGCUGUAUCCUUGUAUGUGGCUUCUGUUCACGACGAAUCUCUUCUACCAGCACCAAUUUUAUAUAGCGUCUCUGGUUCUAGUUAUAGCAACGAGGUCUCUAGAUUUUUGAUGCAAGUAACGACAGAUAACAUAAGCUUAACAGGAAUGAAAUUCUUUUCUGUAACAAGAAGUCUCGUGCUAACCGUCGCUGGAACUAUUGUAACUUACGAACUGGUUCUGGUACAGUUCAACUCCGUCCAGCAAGUGGAUCAAUCGAAUAUUACAAAUAGUUGCGAGUUGUUCCUAACAUAGCCCGAUUCAGGAAAAAAGCGAACUGGAUAUUUUAGAUCAGCAUUUAUGUCAUAAAACGAUAUGUAAUAUUACACAUUUCUUCGUCUAGAUACGGAAACAUCAUCAUCUACAAA